CGAAUCAGAUCAUCAUCAUCAGUCUCGAACUCUGCCGUAGUGUAGCACACCACACUCCCGCGGUCCCACCAGCUCGACUCAAGUCGGCGGAUCCGUCCGCCGCCUGCGCUCCCACGCCAUUCUCUGCCGACGAGAGCUCCGCCGCAGAUUUGCUCCCCCGGAUCUGCUGUCGAGAUGGAUAGAGAAGCCAAGAAAGAAGGUUUUAGGAAGUAUCUUGAAUCCAGCGGCGUGCUCGAUACUCUCACGAAAGCUCUUGUUGCGCUGUAUGAGGAGAACGACAAGCCAUCAUCUGCAGUCGAGUUUGUUCAGCAGAAAUUGGGUGGUCCAUCGAUUUCCGACUAUGAAAAGCUCAAAGCCGAGAAGUUGGAUUUGCAACUGAAGUAUAAUGAGCUUUUGGAGAUUCACAAGGAAACAAGUAGACAGUUGGAGGAACUUAAGAAUUUGAAGAUCGACGCACCUUGGAACUAAUGGAAGCAACAAGUGUUGACAUAGUAGCUUGUUACCAAGCAAAUAUAUAUGCCUCUUCAGUUUGGAUCACCAAGUCAUGUAAAAAAGAAACAUUUCUUUGCUAAACUUUGCCAACCAUGUGAUGUAAUGCAUUAUACAAUCAUUACUGAAGAGUCGAAUCAACUCUCCGCGGACUUUUGAGGCUC